UUUUUUUUUUUUAAAAAAAACAAGACAUAAUCAAACCAUGUUGAGCACUGCAGGAAGAUUAGUUGCCAAAAGGUAAGGGCCUAACAUAAAGCGAAUGACUGUUUCAGGAUUAUCUCAUAACUUUAUUCAUUUAUAGAGCUUUUCAGGACAGUUUUCAGAAGGGAAAGUCUGCUCGUAUGGUAACUUUUUUUUUUUAAAAAAAAGAAACAGAGCAAAGCAUAGUGAAACUAAACAAUAUAUGAGAGUAGUUAUCAACUAGUUUAUUUGCCCCAAGAUUUCAACCCUUGAACGCCAUUGCAAUUAGAGCAGCGAAAACACAUGGAAAGUUCGGCAGCUUCAGUGCAUUGAAUCAUAUGAACACUCGUAAUAUGAGUACAACCUCUGAAGAUCAGACGACCGCAACGACGACCAGUUCAGCCCAAGACGUUGUUGAGCAAGUAUUGCAAACAAAUGCACCUGAUUCAUUGGUUCAAACUGCAGCUCAAAUUGGUGAAUUCAAAGCUCUUGGCUUAUGUAAUUUUACACCUGUAGGCGCACUGGAGGCUAUGUUUGAGUACAUUCAUAUCUACAGCGGUCUCCCCUGGUGGGCAGCAAUCGCAGCAGCUACUGUGGCCGUUCGUGUGGCACUAUUACCACUGAUGAUCAAGAUCCAAAGAAACAAUGCCAAAUUGAUGAAUAUCAACCCUGACGUGACCCGCAUCAUGGAUAAUUUGAAGAAGGCACAAGCAGAAGGUGAUACAUUGUCAGUAGACAAGUACAGUCGAGAGAUUCAAACUCUGUUCAAGAAUAAUGAUUGCCAUCCUAUGAAAUCAUUAGGUCUUCCUAUGAUUCAAAUGCCAGUCAUGAUUUCCUUCUUUAUGGCUAUCCGUAGCAUGGCUGAAGUGCCUGUUCCUGGAUUGACUAACGAAGGUUUGCUUUGGUUCACAGAUUUAUCUGCUAAAGAUCCCUAUUAUAUCCUUCCUGCUAUUAGUGCAGCGGGUAUGAUGGCCAUUUUAGAAGCCGGUACUGAAACAGGUGCAGCUAACCCUCAAAGCAAGGGCAUGAAGAAUGUCUUCCGUGUCCUUUCUCUUGCCGUUGUGCCUUUCACUGCUUGGAUGCCCAGUGGUGUGUUUGUGUAUUGGAUCACCUCAAAUCUGUUCUCUAUUGGUCAAAUUCUAACAUUGAAGGCACCCAGUGUUCGUAAGGCUUUGAACAUUCCUUUACUUAAACGAAAACCAGAAGAACUUCAAAAAAAUACAAAGGGGUUCAUGGAAAACUUUAGAGAACAACAAAAGUAUCAUGAAAAAAUGGAGAAGGAACGUGCUGUUCGUGAGAGACAGCAAGCAGCGGCCGCUGCCAGAAGAGCAGCUAAGCGUAGAUUUUAAUAAUUUUUAAGUAUAUAAAUAGACAUUUACUUCUCUCAAUAAAGCACUUGUAAUUAUAAUCAUAUAGAUAGCGA